CUUGUGGCCAGAGGACCUGGCUCAGCCUUUAUGAAUACAAGUGCCUUGAACAGGUCCAUCAGCAUGGACCCGUCUAGAAUGAGACACUGAAUUCAACUGUAAUGACAGGUUGCAUUGGUCAAUAAGUAAAGUUGGUACAUUCAGUAAGACGAGAGAGAAACUGCGAGCAACAGAAAACAAGCUUCCUUCACCUCCAUCAGAGAACAGUAACAGUGGCUACAUUCAUCAUCAGAAAGCUCAACUUACUGAAGCCACAUUAAAACAGCUUGCAAGAGACCCAUUGAACCGAUGGAAGUCACAAGGAAACAGUGAACCUCACAUAACAGAACAGUGAGCUGACACAGGCUCUGUUUAUUGAGAAGUGAGCAGUUUGAUCUAUCUAGCCAGUCUGCCAAACAAGGAAAAAGCAGGAGAGAAAGAGAAGCUUCUUUAUUACAAAGAACCACACCAAAGAUGGCCAGCAUGGCAGUCCAGUUGUUAGGCUUUUUCUUGGGUCUUUUUGGUCUUUUUGGGACUUUGGUAGCUACCGUUCUGCCACACUGGCGAAGGACGGCAUAUGUAGGCUCUAACAUUAUCACGGCAACGGCGUAUAUGAAGGGGCUGUGGAUGGAGUGUGCUUGGCACAGCACAGGCAUCUACCAGUGUGAGAUCCACCGCUCCCAGCUGGCCCUGCCCAGGGACCUGCAGGCUGCCCGGGCUCUGAUGGUCCUCUCCUGUGUGCUUUCCACUCUCGCUGCCAUUCUUUCAGCAGUGGGGAUGAAAUGCACCCGCUGCGUCCGUGGAUCCUCUGCCAAGAACCCCCUGGCAGUAAGUGGAGGUGCCAGCUUUGUGAUCGCUGGCAUCCUUGGCUUGGUCCCCAUCUCCUGGUCCACCAAUGAUGUCAUCCAGGACUUCUACAACCCCAUGCUGCCCAACGGCAUGAAGUACGAGAUCGGGCAGGCCAUUUAUGUGGGCUUUGUCUCUGCUGGCCUCACCAUCCUUGGGGGAGUCCUUCUUUGCCUGUCCUGCGGGGAGGUCCAGAACCACUUCCCUUACCGGGCCCAAAUCCGCCGCGCCACACACAGGGCUGCGCCAGCUUACCACCCCCCUGCCGCCUACAAAGGGAACCACAACCCCUCCAGCUCCUCUGCCUCCAGCAGCGGGUAUAGACUCAACGACUAUGUGUGAGUGGCGCAGAGACUCAGCUAGAGACUGCAGUCACAAAUCAGGAGUGGGUUUGGAUAGCCUCUUAUUUGCAGCGUUGUUCACACAAAUUAUUUAACAUUAUUUCUUAAGGAACAGACUCAAAGCUGAGACCCACAGCUGAUUUUGACAGCUUGUAGAUUUUUGCUGGACAAUAACCAACUGUUUUGUUGUUGUUGACUUUGAUUUUGCAUGUUAUGUUUAUAUUUAUUGUUUUCAUGCUUUGUUUUUUUUGUAAAUGCACCAUGUGUAUAACAUACACACAAAUCCUUAAGCGGGUGGACUUUCUUAUUUUAACAGGACAUUGAAUGACAACAGAAGACUUAACAGAGCUAAAUCACUAUGAUUGCUGCUAGUCAUGGGGGCUGAGGGCAGUGUAUAGCUUAUUACUACAGUAUAAUGUUUGCAUAUUAAUUGGUAACAGAAGAGGAAACCUUCUUGUAAGAUAUAAGAUCUUCGUAUAAGAUUCAUCCACAGUGGGAUCACAGGCUUUCUCACUCAGUAUACACAGGGAUGGGAACAACCACUAAACUGAUACAUUUCAUUUAAGGCCUCAUCAGCAGCUGGGUACAUGUGUUUGUGUUACAGCUGCUCAAAGUGUUUAACAUAAAAGCAACACAUUGUUUUCAUAAGAAGAGUCAGAAAAGAGUCAGAGAUGAGGAGUAAUUUCAUAUUUUGUCAUGUGGUAUAUGUAAAUAUUAAAAUUAAUAAUGCAAACAGCUUGUAUUGUACAGUGCUGCCUCUUUGUACAUCUCCAUUAUAAAGCUCUAAUGAUUGAAGGGCUAGUGAUUGGCUUGAGACAGACACAUUUCAAGAUUUACAAAGCUUACCAAGCUUACAAACUCAAGAAUUUAAAGUCUUUGUGUCAUUGUGAAUAAACACAUUUACAUUACUGCUGGGUUUUUUUCAACAGCUAGUCUAGAACACUUCCAUUUUUAUUGUCUCCAUUAAAAAAAAAAAAAAAAAAAACCUUUUCAAACAAUUGUUCAAUAAGCCAUGAGAAAGCUUUUUAGAUUGGGUUCACUGUGAUCUGUGUACAUUCUAACCUGCUGCUGGCCUGAGUCAACCAAAGUGGGAUUCAGCUCUACAUCCACUAAUUAAGGACCUGGUUGAAAUGUGUUCCUGCACUGGCAUGGAUUGAAAGAGCUACACAUGAGAACCAGUCCUCUAAAAGAUGAUGGAAGUGUAGGCAACUUCCGUUAAUGGAAACAGACCAACUCCACAGGUUUGAAGUUAUAUGGCAAUGUAUUUAGAAAAUUAAGCUACAAGUAUUUUAAAAUGAGGCUAGGCUCGAUUUUACAUGUAAAUAUACCUGCGUUCAGUUUAUGAUCUAGUCUUACACUAUUUAUCAAGAGCCUUGAAGAAGGUCUGCUGAUAGCAUUUAGUAACAGCGCCCCUAUGGCAUGAAAUAGUCUGGACCAGAGUAUCCAGGAUAUGAUCGAGCAUCAGAUAAAUAACCCAAAUGUACCAGCUAAAUGUAGAAUAAUGACUAAGAUUACAUUUAUUAUAAUGAGGAGGUUCCAAGAAUGAUGGAAGUAUAAGCGUUUCUGAUCCCAGAUUGAAUGUAUGAUGUUGUUGUUUUCAAUGAUGUGAAAUCACUGCUGGGUUUAUUCCUGG